AAGGCAGUAGGCAAAGAGCAAGGCAUUGAGACAGCAUAGAGUUCAGCAAAGCCCGUGGAAAUGGAAAGUCUUGCAAUCCUACUGUUUCUAUGCGUGGCAGUUUGCUCAGCUUAUCCAUUAGAUGGAGCUGCAAGGGGCGAGGACGCCAGCAUGGACCUUGUUCAGCAAUACCUAGAAAACUACUACAACCUUCCAAAACAAGCAAAGCAGUUUGUUAGAAGAAAGGACAGUGGUCCUGUUGUUAAAAAAAUCCGAGAAAUGCAGAAGUUCCUUGGGUUGGAGGUGACGGGGAAGCUGGACUCCGACACUCUGGAGGUGAUUCACAAGCCCAGGUGUGGCGUUCCUGACGUUGGUUACUUCAGUACCUUUCCUGGCACGCCGAAAUGGAGGAAAACCCAACUUACCUACAGGAUUGUGAAUUAUACACUAGAUUUGCCAAGAGACGCUGUUGAUUCUGCCAUUGAGAAAGCUCUGAAAGUCUGGGAGGAGGUGACUCCACUCACAUUCUCCAGGAUGUAUGAAGGAGAGGCUGACAUAAUGGUCUCUUUUGCAGUUGGAGAACAUGGAGACUUUUCCCCUUUUGAUGGACCUGGAAAAGUUUUGGCUCAUGCCUAUCCCCCUGGGCGAGGGAUUUAUGGAGAUGCUCACUUUGAUGAUGAUGAACAAUGGACGAAGGAGACAGCAGGAACCAAUUUAUUCCUCGUCGCUGCUCAUGAACUUGGCCACUCCCUGGGUCUUUUUCACUCGGCCAACACUGAAGCUGUGAUGUACCCACUCUACAAGACAUUCACAGACCUGGCCCAGUUCCGCCUUUCUCAAGAUGAUGUGGCUGGCAUUCAGUCCCUCUACGGACCUCCCUCUGCCUCCCUUGAUGACACCCUGGUGCCCACGGAAUCUGUCCCUCCAGCACACGAGACACCAGCCAUGUGCGAUCCUGCUUUGUCCUUCGAUGCAGUCAGCACUCUGAGGGGAGAAGUCCUGUUCUUUAAAGACAGGCAUUUUUGGCGCAAAUCCUUCAGGACACAUGAACUUGAAUUCCAUUUGAUCUCUUCAUUUUGGCCAUCUCUUCCUUCAGACCUGGAUGCUGCAUAUGAAGUUACUAGCAAGGAUACUGUUUUCAUUUUUAAAGGAAAUCAGUUCUGGGGUGUCCGAGGAGGUGAGGUACAAGCAGGUUACCCAAGAGGCAUCCACACCCUGGGUUUUCCUCCAACGGUAAAGAAAAUCGAUGCAGCCAUUUCUGAUAAGGACAAGAAGAAAACAUACUUCUUUGUAGAGGACAAAUACUGGAGAUUUGAUGAGAAGAGACAGUCCAUGGAGCCAGGCUUUCCCAGGCAAAUAGCUGAAGACUUUCCAGGGGUUGACACAAAGAUUGAUGCUGUUUUUGAGGCAUUUGGGUUUUUCUAUUUCUUCAAUGGAUCUUCACAGUUGGAGUUUGACCCAAAUGCCAAGAAGGUGACACAUAUUUUGAAGAGUAACAUCUGGUUUAAUUGUUAGGAGAGAUGUGUAGAAGACACCAUUUGGGCAUUUUAAAUGGACCUAAUAAUUCUUCACCUAAGUCUUUGUGAAUGAAAAGGGUUUGUUCUCUCCUGCGUGUGCUGUGACAGAGAAUUUGAGUGUGCACUGUGCAUCUUGCUAGUUGUCUUCAUUUUAUUACAGGGCAUUCAAACGUGCUGCUGCUUAGCUUGCACCUUGUCACAUGGAGUGAUUGUUCACAAGAGAAGGGGAAGCACUCAUGUGCAACAAAUGACUGUAUCUAUGUAGACUAUUUGCUUGUUAUUUAAUAAAGAUGAUUUGUCAGUUA